AUGGGAGACGCCCCUGAUGGCUGUGGACAAGUCCCACGUACCGUUCCCGAGGAUAUUCUCGAUAGUGUCCUCCGGGAGGAGACCUCCAAUGAACUACGGGCGACAGGUGUUGCCACCCAACUUCUCGAUGGAUCAUCCAAGACGGUUGAUGCGACGAAGGAAAUUGUUGUCUCGGGCGCCGCGUACUGCAGUUCCGCCAUUAUGAUGCGUGGAUCCCGCGAGGAGCUGGUCCAAUUUAACAUCGACGGCAAGAUUAACCUGCCUGGAGUGGGUAGGAGCCUGACGGACUAUCUGGUUAGCGCCACCCUUGAAUAUUAG